UCUCAUCACGUUUUGUCCCCUCACUGAGGGCUUUUAUUUUGAAAGAUUUAUUGCGGAAGUUGUUUAACGACACGGAGGGGAGGAGCCAACCGACUGACAACAAACAACCACCAUCAACCGGAGCAUCUCUCGGUUUCCCCGGUACCCCUCUCCCAGGUCCCGGGUCUAAGGAAGGAUCCUUUAGAGGUCUAAACUGGACUGUGUUAGUGUCCCUGAACGCACCGUGUCCUCUUUAGUGUCCCUGAACGCCCCGUGAGAGAUGACGGGCUACACGUCCUUUCACUCCCAGCUGACGUCCAUCAUGGAGGCUCUGACCAAGGCGGCCGUGGCGGAGGUCUGCGGGCUGGUGGACGAGGGCUACGCCGUCCUGCAGCUCGAGAUCUCCCGCAGCAGAGAGGAGAACGAGGCGCUGCGGAGGAAGCUGGGCCUGAUCGAGACCAUCAUCGCGAGGGGGACCGCGACCCAAGGGGGGCUGCUGGACUUCACCGUCGAACAUGCCUUACCGCCAGGAGUGCCAAAAGCUAGUGCUAAAAGAAGUGGAAGGAUCCCCGUGUCGGAGGUGACCAUAGAGCUGAGCCCUGCAGCCCAAGAGGAUUCUCCGUCAGCAGCCGGAGAGGAGUCAUGUGAUCAAGAUGUUGUUGUAAUAAAGGAGGAAGUGACAAAAGAGGAAGUGAAUGGUGAUGACACAGACAGGCUGCUGCACAACGAGGACGGAGUCGGGGUUCAGCUGAUUGGAGCAGAUGACAGUGAAGAAGGCCCCUCUGGGAGGAUGCUCUCAGACUCUGUGGCGGACAUCAGGCCGUGGGACCCAGACAUUGACAGACCCUCAGAAUCCAACAGUGCACCAGGGUCUCCUGGUCCUGCAGGGGGCGCCGAGAGCAGCUCAGAUGUGGUGUUGGACUUGGCCUCAGAGUCGGACUGUGAAGCUCUGCCUGCAGUCGAGACACGGAGGUCGUUCUCUUUCGGGUCUGGAGUAAGUCCCGCCUCCCUGUCUGGACCCUCUGAGCUGAAGCACGGGGCGUCUCUGAUCAGCUCCCUCUCCUACGACACAGAUCUGGAUCCAUGCCCCUCCUGGACCAAUCAGGGCCUGUCGAGCAUGAUGCCAGUCUCUCACAGGUCCACGCUGCUGGACAAGGUGUCAGAUCUGAACGCUGCGGCCUUCCCGAUGGCGCUCGGCCUCGCCGCGUCCAGACUGGACCCACUGGACUUGAACAGGUACUGCAGGGACAGGCGUUUUGUCUGCAGCUACUGCGGGAAGUGCUUCACGUCGUCCCGGAGCCUGGAGACGCACGUGCGCGUCCACACGGGCGAGCGGCCGUACAGCUGCGCUCAGUGCGGGAAGCGCUUCACGCAGUCGGGACACCUGAAGACGCAUCAGAGCGUCCACACGGGGGAGCGCCCGUUCGCCUGCGAGCAGUGUGGGAAGAGAUUCGCCGGGAAGCAGAACCUGAGGAUCCAUCAGCAGAAACACCAUCAGAUGGACGUUUAGACCAGCAGGAAGUACGGGACCUGGAGGAGGUCUGAGCUGAACACCGAGGUGUGACCAGCUGAAACAUCGGCACUCAAAACUGUGACGGACCAGAGCCUUACUGGACUACCUUUUUACUGUUUUUUACCACUUCAAGACCGUCUAAAGCUGUCUCAGAGAAAUCAAAGGAUGCUUCCCCUCUCAGUCGUGACAGGCCUUAGAUACUUUUUACCAUCUGACCUCCUUUAGAAGAUCUCUGAUACCAAACGGGACUACAACCAGGUUCUUAUUUAUUCUUACCUCAAAGAGAGCGUGGACUGUCCUGGUCCACGUCAGUGCUUUGGGCUCGAGCGUCCACAAAGACUCCUGCAGAGAGCCGGCCCCUGUGAGAAGCAUGUGACUGUUUGUUGCUUGGUGUUUAUCUGAAAUUAAAAAGGGUGGAUCUUUUACUGAG